AUGACCACAGCCACAACUUUGGGAGAUGCUGUCUUCUCCUUGAACAUGACCACCAGGGGAGAAGACUUCCUGUAUAAGAGGAUCUACACUAAUCUUGUCACCAGCCCUGUAGCCACUGAGCCUGCUUCCCACCACCCAGGAGGGAAGACACUUAGCCACGUGUUCCUGUCUCAUUACAGGAGAAUGAGGACCAGGCGAGAACUGGAGCCCAAGGGCCCCAAGCCAGCUACCCCUCCCGCCGUAGACCCCAACAGCCAACAGCAGCCUGCAACUGUGACCUUCAGUCCUGUAGACCUGCCCUCGGAGACUCGGUGA